CCAUGAUUAACAAUGUGUCUGUGUGUGUGUGUGUGUGGCGACCCUGCAAAUCGCUCAAGUUGUCCGCUGGGUUUAUCCGGAGGAAUUUGUGCCCAACCAAACUCUAGUGUGCGGGACGGACUGCGCGUCUUGGGCGUUUGGAAAAAAAAAGAAUCUCGGUUUGGUUCUCAUGAGAGGACGGAGCGGACCCACGCACAUCCCGACCUCAGCCUUGUCCAGUCGCUAGGGAAUGGCUUUGCGGUCCAGGACGGGCUUCUACCGGCAGGAGGUCAACAAAACCGUGUGGGAGGUUCCGGAGAGGUACCGGGACCUGAAGCAGGUCGGAACAGGAGCCUAUGGGACUGUGUGGUUGCCAUCAAGAAACUUCAUCGACCCUUCCAGUCCAAACUUUUUGCCAAAAGGGCGUACAGAGAGUUGCGACUCCUCAAACACAUGAAGCAUGAAAAUGUCAUUGGGCUGUUGGAUGUUUUCACUGCUGAGAUUGCAUUGGACCGCUUGCGUGACUUUUACCUGGUGAUGCCGUUCAUGGGCACUGACCUCGGCAAGCUGAUGAAGCUGGAGAGAUUAUCAGAAGACAGGGUGCAGUUCCUCGUCUAUCAGAUGCUGAGAGGACUCAAGUAUAUCCACUCUGCAGGGAUCAUCCACAGGGACCUCAAACCUGGAAAUUUAGCCAUUAACCCGGACUGCGAGCUAAAGAUUCUUGAUUUUGGCUUGGCGAGGCAGGCCGACGCAGAAAUGACCGGCUACGUCGUGACACGCUGGUACCGAGCACCCGAGGUUAUCCUCAACUGGAUGCACUACACACAAACCGUGGAUAUUUGGUCGGCGGGUUGUAUUAUGGCAGAGAUGCUGCUGGGAAAGCCGCUGUUCAAAGGAAGCGAUCACCUGGACCAGCUCAGAGAAAUCAUGAAGAUUACAGGAACCCCAGCUGCUGACUUUGUUGUGAAGCUACAGAGCCAAGAUGCCAAAAACUACAUCAGAAGUCUACCAAAAGUGCCAAAGAAAGAUUUGCUCUCUCUUUUCUCCAAAGCUAGCUCAAAUGCAGUGUGUGUCUUGGAAAAGAUGCUGCUCCUGGACCCUGAGCAGAGGGUGAGUGCCUCGGAGGCGCUCGAGCUGCCUCUCUUCAGCGAGUUCAGAGAUGCCGAGGAGGAGACUGAGGCGCUGCCCUACGAUCAGACCAUGGACAACACAGACCUGCCGCUGGACCAGUGGAAACGUCACACUUUCACAGAGAUACUGACCUUCAGGCCAUCCAGGGACUCCAGACAGACGUCACUUUAAGGCACACAUGCACACAAUAUUGCACACGUCACACAUACAUACACACGCACCCAAAAAUAUUAUUUUCUUGUUGACUUUGUUGUGUUUGUGUAGGAGUAAUGGAUAUUAUUAGUCUGAAUGAAUAAAUGUGAUUUUCUCAGUUGUUAAGAGGCUCAGUUGUGUUUUAGUGCAUGUGUGUGUGUGUGUGUGUGUGUGUGUGUGUGUG